CUCACCAUUUAUAACAAGAAAGUGGUUGCAAAUCGGUUCGCGCGUGUGUAUUUUUCCAUUUUUCGGUUAGAUUUUUUGGUAGAAUCCGUUUGUUUCGUAUCGCAAAUCGUUUAUCGGAGUGUACUGCAAGUGCGAGUUGCAGAAAAGUUCGCCCCAAUGUGGGCGAAGAACGCGAAAAUUGCAUUCGUAGAUUUUCCUCCCUCGGACAAAUUUUUCUUCCACCAGCUUCAGCACGGCAAGGACAGAAGUGCUAAGAAGAAGAAGAACCAAAACGUCACUCACGUUGUGAGCCUUUGCAGCAGCCGGUGCUAUCGUGCAUUGAAGGGACAUAAAAGCGAACUUUUUACGGACUGGCCACUGCAGCCUGGCGAUAUUGUUGUUUAUCUGAUCAAGUUGGUGGCAACAAUCGAAGAGGGCUUCAAUCGCGGCAGCGUUGGAAGCGCUCGUGAGCCACGUUAGAUGGAAUUAUGAACCAAGAGCCCUGCUCAAGCGCCCUCACGCAGAUCGCUUAUCUGGUUUCGAACUUGAAUAAAAAGAACUUUGCGUCGAGCAGCCGACAGUUAGCACAGUUAGUGAAAGACUUUGGAUUAGAAGCCGAUCGACAUUUGCUGCGGUGUUUGUUUUCUGCGAUAGACUUCUCCGGUUCUGCAACGGGAGACGCCUCGGAGGACCAUUCUCGGAACGGCAACAGCAGCAGUAGCGUUAGUGGUACUGCCAGUGGCAGCAACAGCAGUUUUCAGCUGCACAUUCGUCUUCUGCUGGGAGAACUUCUGGGACUGCUGACCAAACCGCAGCUAGUGGGCAACAUUUGCCAAGCGGUCGACGAUCCGCUUCCGUAUCAAAGGACUUUAAUACCCUCAGUCAAUCUUGCGACACAAAUCGCCAGAACUCUCAACUGUUCACCGAUACAAGAAGCUGCGCUUUCGCUAGCACUUUCGCACUCGUCACAUCCGGAAACAGCGCACAGUGCGGAAACUCUUGGCCAUAGUUGCUUGGGUGAACUCAUUCGUUCUUACAUUGACCUAGAGCCCAACCAAUCGAAUCAGGAAGGAAGUCUCAACGACGUUUCACCGGAGCUUCUGCAGCACAUCCUUUCGCUCGUUUCACACGGCAAGCAUCGUGAGCUCGGUCUGUCGGAUACGACCUACGGCAAGUUUUUACAACAACUGUGUCGUGACUUUCCACGGGAUCGUGUCCCGAUUAUUCUUGCCCCCCUUCUGUAUUCGGAGGAUUCGGAAAUCUCUGCCGAAUCGGUCAAACUGAACUCGCAAGCCCUGCUGCGUUCGUCGGUGAUGGACACGGCCUGGGGCAGUCUGGUGAUGGAAAUCGGUUACGCGUUCACGGCUUCCCUAGAGGACUGCAAGAACCAUCUGCUGAAGGUCGGUGGAAGGGAGAUCUCAGCGCAAAAUGUUGCAAAGAUAAUUUCGUCGAUGUGUUUGACACAUGCAUCCCUCUCGGAAAGCAGUAUCAAUCUACCGACCCCCAGCAGCUUUUGGCCGCAGGGAAAUGAUCCAGGAGGCAAAGGAAAAGAUGGCCAGAGCGGCAGUUCCGGCGGAGAGAACAGCACUUGGAAGCCGGAAAUUUUCGUGCAGGCUCUUAAGGAAGUAGUUCCUGGUCUAAAUUGGAAAGAUGUGUGUUUGGCAUUGGAUCAUCCCGAAUUCUUGAUCAAAGAUCGCCCCGGGUUGGCUCUUCUGUUGUCGAUUUUAAAGAUGGGAGUUCAGUCGAAUGGAUUAGGACAACAUUUCCCGAUAGAGUGCGUUUAUCAGCGAUGGACCAACGUAGAAGGUCAGCUGUCGCUAAUUGCGAUGAUUCUUAAAUGUCCCGAUUUGUACUCAUUUGCUGACCACAUCUAUACAAGCGUUUCGGUCGAUCUACUAAAGACACCUCCAGAGACGGAUAACAAAGAGGUGGCUUCGUGGAUGUCGUUACAUUUGGUGGACGUUUUGCUGCACAUUGCCGACAAUGGAUUCUACGCACAGGCAAUGGAGAUAUUCAAAAUUCCAAUCCAAUUGUGUCCGGAUAUUUUGUUCAUGGCUUUGCUUCAGAUUCAACCCCCGGUCACGGUGUCGCGCCAGGAACUGUUUUCGACGCUGAUCCCAAUAUUUUUGGGAAACCAUCCGAACUCCGGAACAAUUCUGCACCAUGCUUGGAACAACACUAACUUUAACCCCUCGUUGAGACACAUAAUUCUGCAUUCAAUGAGUGAAUGGUAUCUUCGCGGCGAAAACGAUCAAUCGCGCUUGUCUCGCAUUCUGGAUGUCGCUCAAGAUUUGAAAGCUCUAUCGAAUUUGCUAAACGUAAGAUCGUUUAUUUUCAUUAUCGAUUUAGCUUGCUUAGCAUCCCGUCGAGAGUAUCUGAAGUUGGAAAAGUGGUUAGCGGAUAAGAUCCGUGAACAUGGCGAACCUUUCGUUAAGACAAUCAUCAAGUUUUUACAGCGACGUUGUCCACAGAUCAUGGUUGGCAAGUUUGCGGACGAGCAAAUCCCGAAGUCGGCCCAACUGCCACCGGAAACAUUGAGCACCAUUUUGACCUGCUUACAAGCUUGUGUUGGCAAUGUUAGCCCCGAAGUAGCGGAGAUUAUUAUGGGAAUGGCUCAGUAUAAUUUGCUGCUGACAAAUAAGACACGUGCUCAGCAGGUUCCUCAGCAACCCCAACCUCCACCACCGGGAGUUCUGAGACCGCAUCGUGGACUGGAUACUCCAUUCAACGCCUCCUUGGGUGGGCAGAUUUUCCCCGGGCCUUCUGUAGAGUCAUUGUCCGGAUUAGCAAGUAACAUGGCUGGUUUAAACCUGGGGGCACCAGGCAAUAGUGCAUUCAGCUUUGGCAGUGCUUUAGGCAAUCUGGUUUCGACACCGGCUUCUCCUUCAAGACUUCUGGCGGGUCCUUCUAAUAGCCCUUUCCCGUUGAUGACAAUGCCACCGAGUGCCCCUGUCGGAAAUAUAGGACGCCUGCCACAAGCACCCACGGGCGACAAGCUCGCUCUCCCGAAUGCCGGACAGACAUCCUUCCCGGAGAUGGGUUGUCAUCAGGUGUCGAAAGAGGUAGAGGACGAAGCCAACAGCUACUUUCAGAGAAUUUACAAUCACCCACCACACAACAAUUUGUCCAUCGACGAGGUUCUUGACAUGUUGCAGCGAUUCAAAGAUUCGAGUGAUCGCCGUGAAUGUGACGUCUAUCAGUGCAUGCUGCGUAACCUUUUCGAAGAGUACAAAUUCUUUCCGCAGUACCCGGAUAAAGAACUGCAAAUAACGGCACAACUGUUUGGUGGGAUGGUGGAAAGAAACCUGGUUACCACCUAUGUUGCCUUAGGAUUGGCACUUCGGUGCGUAUUGGAUGCCUUGAAGAAGCCAGAAGGGUCGAAAAUGUAUUACUUUGGUAUCACUGCCUUGGAUCGUUUCAAGAAUAAGCUACACCUCUAUCCGAAGUAUUGCGAAUAUGUUCACUCUAUUACACAUUUCGAUCAGUUUCCACCGCACCUGAUCGAGUACAUUGAAUACGGAUCUCAAGGACAGGAACCACCGAAUAAACAGCUAGGACCGGGACCGUUGCCUGCAUCCAUAACUCAACUCCUGCCAGGACCGGCUGUCGUUCCGGGUGGCAAUCCACUCUAUCGCAGUAAUUCCGUAACGGGAACAAGCAAUUUGACUGCCGUAGUAGCACCACCUCCAGCGAAGGUAAAUUUGGGAGCACCAAUCGCCACGACUGCCCAACCACCUCGCGUCAAAUCAAUCGCCAAUGCUACGAACAUCGACACCCUUUUGGUGGCCACCCAGGACGGCGACGAUAAGAUCAUUACGCCACCGGAUGCUAUGCAAGACAAGACCGCCUUCAUCUUCAACAAUCUGAGUCAGAUCAACCUGCAGCAAAAGUGUGAAGAGAUAAAGGACAUUCUUCAGAAGGAUUACUACGCAUGGUUGGCUCAGUAUCUGGUGCUUAAGCGGGCAUCCAUUGAAGUGAACUUCCAUGUGCUCUACUCGAACUUUCUGGAUGCUUUGAAGAUACUAGAAAUCAACAAAUUGGUGACUAAGGAAACUUUUCGUAAUAUAAAAGUUUUGUUAAGAUCCGACAAAGGAAUAGCUAAUUUCUCCGAUCGUAGCUUGUUGAAGAACCUUGGUCACUGGCUAGGAAUGAUGACUUUGGGACGAAAUAAACCGAUACUUCAGCUGGAUAUCGAUAUGAAAUCCCUUCUUGUGGAAGCGUACAAUAAGGGACAACAAGAAUUGCUGUAUGUUGUUCCAUUCGUCGCUAAAGUACUGGAGUCCUGUGCUAAGAGCAAGGUGUUCAAACCACCCAACCCCUGGACUAUGGCCAUAAUGAACGUUUUGGCAGAGCUGCACCAGGAACCGGAUUUAAAGUUAAACCUUAAGUUUGAAAUCGAAGUGUUGUGCAAAAACCUUAACAUAGACGUGACUGAUUUGAAGCCCGCCGUGUAUUUGAAGGAUCCCGAACGUGCCCAGAACAUCGAAUAUCAGCUCUCUCAACCGAAACCGGUUAAGGAAUUACAGCCAGCGAUGGCAGUAAUGCAACAAGUUGCCGAGGAAAUGGUAUCUACUGGCCCGGCCGGUUCGCCAGCCAUUCCAGCGAUGGAUCCAUCGCUGGUAGUUACAGGCCCACCGGAGCCCCGGUUCCACUAUUCCGACAUAAACAUCUCCAGUUUCGCGUGUAUCAAUCAACAUGUGACGUACUCGCCGAACAUAGCCCUACUUCAUACACAUCCCCACCUAAAGCAGGUCGUAAAAACCGCACUGGAACGAACUAUAACCGAUUGGAUUACACCGGUCGUUGAGCGUAGCGUUAAAAUCGCCUCGAAGACGUGUGAACAAAUGAUCAAAAAGGACUUUGCUCUGGAUUCGGAUGAGAUGCGAAUGCGUACAGCAGCGCACAAUCUCGCUCGUAAUUUGGCGGCAGGUAUGGCUAUGAUCACCUGCCGAGAUCAGUUAAUGCAAAACAUUCAGAACAACAUCAAAACCGCCUUCAUGACUACGUUAAGCCCGGCACAGAAGGACGUUGCCGAUGCGGCUGCGAAUCAACUGGCUGCCGACAAUAUGGAACUCGUGUCAGCUUUCAUACAGAAAACUGCUAUCGAGAAAGUGGUUCCCGAGAUGGACAAGCUGCUGGCGACCGAAUACGAUAUGCGUAAACUUGCCCGCCAGGAGGGACGUCGGUAUUGCGAUGCCAGUGUGUUGACCUAUCAGGCCGAACGUAUGCCGGAGCGAAUCCGUCUGAGCGUCGGAGGUGUAUCUCUUAGUCAGCUCGCGGUCUACGAGGAGUUUGCGAGAAACAUACCGGGCUUCCAGCCGAUCACCGAACGAGAUAAUGCGCUAUUUGCUCCUAAAUUGGAACCGAUUCCUCAACAACCGCAGGUACCGCAAUUUGCGGCUCCUGCUGUUACGCCGGAUGAAAUUGGCGUGCUGUAUGAUGAGUUGGCAAGCAAGAUGGAGGCCUUCCUUAACAGUGCCGUCAACAUGCCGCAGCUGCAGGUUCACGUCAACAACAUGCAUGCCCUGCUGGAGUGCCUGAUCAUUGCCCGCCGCUCGCGGGAUAACCUAACGGCGUGCAAUUUGCUGAACAAAUCGGUCGAGGGUAUCAUGGAAGGUCUAAUGAAUAUCCCGGACCAUAUUGAACAGAUCAAGCUGUACCGAGACAUUCAUCUGCGUGUGAUGCGUCUGCUGCAGGACCCUCGUGCUUUCGGCCCUGUCUGGACGAACAAGGCCAUCACCCGCUACAUGCUCGAAUGUCGCGAAGAGAUUCGCUACAACGUCGAAGCGGUUGAUCUGCUGAUUUCGUCGAACUUUGUCAAUAUGGCGCAAUACGAUAUGAUGUUGAUGCAGCUCAUGGACAACGGUAGUAACUACGUGGCCGUUAUGUUUGCUAUGCAGCUAGUUCAAACCUACGUCAUCGACGAACGUCCUAAUUCGGUUAUUACCGAGAACGAUUUACUGAACACAAUCGACCUGCUUGCUAGACUGGCAGUUCACUCUCGAGCUCCAGAGGGACUGGCUCAUCUGAUUGAAAUGCUCCGCUCCAACCAUGACCCCAACACUUUCCUGGUUGAUCGUGCAUUCGCUGGACCGACUUCGUACAUUCACUCAGGAAUAAUUCAGGCUAGGUCUAACGACAUCGAAGACCCACCCGGCUUUGCCGAACGAGCUGAAUUUUUAUUGAAGGAUUGGAUCACUAUUUAUCACACUCAGGCAGCCGGCAGAGAUCCCAUUAAAGCCUUCAGUGUUUUUGUGAACAAAAUGAACGUGUACGGAAUUUUGAAAGGUGACGAGCCGCUGACUCGUUUCUUCCGUCACGCGACACAAUGUUGUAUUGAUCUAACCUACCGCAGUAUGAAUGACCCUACUUCGAAGGCUAAAAUAUUCCAGUGGAUCGAUGCGUACGUGCGAUUGAUUGCCCUGCUGGUGAAACAUUCCGGCGAAAGUGGUAAUUCGAGCACAAAGCUAAACUUGUUGAACAAGGUACUUGGCAUCGUAGUUGGAAUACUACUGCAAGAUCAGGAAGUGCACGGUACGGCCUUCCAGCAACUUGGCUACCAUCGAAUCUUCAUUAUGUUAUUCCUUGAACUAAGCGCUCACGACCCGGUACUGGAGAACAUCAGUUUGAGUGUGAUUACGGCAUUCUGUCACACUUUCCACAUACUGAGACCAUCACUGGCCCCUGGCUUCUGUUAUUCCUGGCUGGAAUUGAUUUCACAUCGCGUCUUUAUUGGUCGCAUUCUGGCGUCGAUACCCCAACAAAAGGGAUGGUCCAUGUACUCGCAGCUGCUUAUCGAUCUGUUCAAAUACCUGGCACCGUUCUUGCGGAAUGCAGAGCUAGCCAAACCGGUUCAGCAUCUCUACAAAGGAACCCUGCGUGUGUUGUUGGUUUUACUGCAUGAUUUCCCGGAAUUUUUGUGUGAUUAUCACUUUGGUUUCUGCGAUGUGAUUCCUCCGAAUUGCAUUCAAAUGAGAAAUCUCAUCCUGUCAGCCUAUCCGAGGAACAUGCGUUUACCCGAUCCGUUCACACCCAAUUUGAAGGUCGAUAUGCUAACCGAUAUAGGAGGAGCGCCUAGAAUCUUCACUAACUAUGCUGCAGCCAUCACUCCGAGCAGUUUCAAAAAAGAUCUGGACUCGUAUUUGAAAGCACGCUCUCCAGUAACAUUCUUGUCGGAACUGCGCAGCAAUUUGCAGAUUUCAAACGAGCCUGGCUCUCGGUAUAACAUCCCGCUGAUGAAUGCCCUGGUGCUGUACGUUGGAACGCAGGCAAUCGCCCACAUCCGCUCGAAAAAUGUGUGUCCCACGAUGACUACUAUCGUGCACAGUGCUCACAUGGACAUCUUCCAGAAUCUGGCAGUAGAUCUGGACAACGAAGGUCGAUACCUUUUCCUGAACGCGAUUGCUAACCAGCUGCGCUACCCGAACAGUCACACCCACUACUUUAGCUGUGCAAUUCUGUACCUCUUCGUGGAGGCCAAUUCGGAGGCAAUUCAGGAACAAAUCACGCGCGUUCUGCUGGAACGAUUGAUUGUUAAUCGCCCACACCCGUGGGGUUUGCUCAUUACGUUCAUCGAGCUCAUCAAGAAUCCGUCAUACAAGUUCUGGGACCAUGAUUUCGUGCACUGCGCGCCGGAAAUUGAAAAGUUGUUCGAAUCAGUAGCCAAUUCGUGUAUGGUGGUUAAAUCCAAGAGUCAGCAACAGAUGCCGAAUGUGGAGUCGGAAAUUGCGGAAUGCAAUUAGAGCGCCUCCGUCGUUUCAUUUUCGGCGACGACAAAGACUGGGGAAGAGAUGUUCUACUGUAAACGAUGCGAGGACGUUCCACUGUGGUAACGAUAGGCGAAAAAAGAUGAACUCGGUUUUAAACAUGAGGUUUAAGAGUACGAACUAGUUAAGUAGAUUAUUAUGAUUCAGUAUGUCUACAGACAGAGCGGUUAGUAAUGCAGCCGUAUCAACACGAGUCUAUGGUUAUUGUUUUUUUAGCAGUUCAAAAACUGGCAUAUUAUGAAAUAUUUUUGUUCGGAACUGAACUUCUAAUUGGUUCUGGGGUUGUACAUAUAAUUUCACGCCCCUAUAAUGUUUUAUAUAACAUAUACGUAGAAAAAAUCACAUGUAUAAUAGAAAACCAAAUGUUUUUUCUUGUAUGCUGCACUCUAUGAUAUAAGUUAAUACCAAGUGGUCCAAGCAAAAGCAAAAAUAAAGCAGUAUAUUAGUAAUACAGUGUCUUACUACUGUGAGAACAUGUGUUUCAGGUGUGUCGUUUAGUUAUGGGGUUUCAAAUCCAAUAAAAACUAUUUUAAAUCGUUGCUAGUAAAAACGACAGAAAGUUAGGCUCCUGUAACUAUAACUUAAAACUUAAAUGUUAGCAAGUGUGCAGUAUCGAUUAUCCUUAUAUGACCGUUUAUUAAUAAAUU